GAUAUAUAAUAUAUAAAUGAAAAUAAAAAUAAACGAAAGCAAGUCUUACCAAAUCAUUGAUAUUUUCAAGAUUUGUGUGCUCAAUUAUGUAUAUCCAAGAUCGAUCUUAUAACUAGGGCAACAAAACUUUUUUAAAUAUAAAUUUAAAUGUUGUUUCUGCUUUUGUGUAUAUUUAUUAUAAUAUUUUUUAAAAGUCUUUGAGCUCAUUAGACACAUAACCACGCAGGUAAAACAUUGUUUUAAAUACAUACAAUACAUACCUACUUUUAAUACCUACCAUGCAACGCGAAUCGUUGGCGGACGAAGUUUUCCAAUUUUCUCGGUAAAUCUUGAGUUCUCUUGCACUUAAUUGCAUAACAAUGCAAGUGCGCAGCAAAAACGCCCACAUCUUUACUCAGCUAUUGUCCAAACGCGUGAAGUGCAGCCGCUUAACACGCAUACACAAAUAAGCAUGCAUUCCACGUAUGUAUAAGUGAAGGGAUUACCAGGAUUGCAAAAAAAUAGCAAAUGUUCUACCUGGGCAGUGCCACUUGAUGUCGAGUUUUUACUUUAAAAGCCACUGCAGCCGUGCUCUAGAUCAUCAGUUCUUUUUUACAACUGGAGCAUAUCGUAAAUAGACGUUCCAAAUAACGUAAAGGCGAAAAAUAUAAAUCAAAAUAUUUUGUUAGCCACACGUCGUAAAUUCUGAAUUUUGUGUUUCUACAUAGAAUUAACUUUAUUUCUUUAAAUUAAAUAAAGCACUUUUUAAACGAAAAUUAAAAGUUUCGGUUAUAGUAUCAAUUUUUUGAAGCCAUUGUGUAACAAAAAAAUGUUUAAUUAAUAAAAAAAAUUAAUAACAAUAUGCAUUCAAAUCGUGCUUUCAACGAGAAUGAAGAGAACAGGUCGCCGCUGCCAGUGCGAAUUAGUCUCCAUUCUAUUCAGGUAGAGCCACUCGAUUUGACGAUGCCUAGUACGUCUAGGAACAGAAGCCCAAUGAUUCAACGAUUUACCGCAGCAACUGUUACACCAGUUAACGCUCUUUCGCGGCCACAACGGCAGGAAACACAAACACCGACGUCGCAUAUACUUACAGUGAUCACACCACCUAAUACACCAUCGAUUAACAUUAUUUCACGUAAACGCUCACUCAAUAAACUGAUGGGUAACCAACCAAGUCAACAACCAAAGAAAGUGAAGCUGAGAAAAAACGUACCAUCUAUUACAGAUGAGAUCAGAAAAUACAUCGAUGUCCGUACUAUAUUGGAAGAUGGAGAAGAAUAUGUCAUACUUGGUGCAAAUGGCACUAAAGUCCACAAAAAGGAUUUACUCCAAUUAAAUUGGAGCAACCCAGGGACUGCGAUAACGCGCAAACUCUUGACAUAUGUUUUCGGUCAGGAAAUAUUGGCGACGCACACGUUAUCUGGAAGGCCAUCUCCGGCGUUUUUGGAUGUGGACAAACCCGAGAAGGGUCAACUGAAUCCAGUUAUGAUAAAGGAUAUCAUAGAGUUCAUGGUAGGCACCAAGGGAAUGAUGUCGCGAGAGGUGAGAACAUCAGUAACGACCAAGUGUGCCGAUGAAUGUAAAAAUCGACGUCGAAAUGCACUACCUCCAGCUUCAGCUGAAUCUGCAACAAAUUUUACACUUGAAACUUAAGCUACAACCUUUUGAAAGCAAUACGCACAAAAAUUGAGGUACGCAAAAAUAUGGAGUCCACCAUAUGACUUCUUAUUCGAAGAGGCAAACUACUCUCAACAAACGGAACCAAUAUACCCUCAUUAUCUUCAACUUAAUAUAAAAGCUCUGCUAGCCGAUGAAUCGAGCGUAUUAGGUGAAAAGCAAUGAAAGACAACAUCAUGAACUCGAUAAAAAUCACUUAGUAUUUCGAAUUCUGUAUACGGCUAAAGUUAUAAGAAAACAUAAUAUAACAUAUAAUUUAAGUAAGCAGCUGGUGGACUAUCUUGGGCCAAAAUAUAUUUCACAAUAAUUAUUAGUUCUAGAUUAAUGUACAUAAUAGCGCCGUUGGGGGUAGAAAGUGUUCUAUAUAAUAUUUAAACUAUAUUAGCUUCAAGUAUAUCAUCUUACGUUUUCAGUUUCUGACCACAAUAAAAGUUAUCUGGUCGUUACAAUUAUUAUUUUAUAAGCCAAUAUGAUUCCUUGUACUACUUAAGAUAGCCAUUAGUAUUAUAAAUAAAGUCAAUUUUAACAUAAAGUAAAUUAAAAGAAAAUAUUUUCAUUUUAUAUAUUCUAUAUAUGUAUAAACGCUUCAGUAUUUUUUAAUAAAACGUUCCUUCAAAUGAAAUUUAAAUAAUAUAUUAUAUAUUUGUAUUUAUUACUAAUAUAAACUCAAAACAAUUUUAUUCAAAUUGUAAAAUUUUGUAAUUUACAAUAUUUAGUAUUUUUGACGUAAAUCUGUAUGGUGUUAAGGACCAUGAACCAAAAAAAACUUGUACAGCGAGAUGGUUUGUCUUUGAAAAAACUUAUCUGCUAAACUAUUAAAAAUUUUAAGUUGCAUUAAAAAGUGAAAAAACCCGUUUUAUGAAUUUUCAUAAUGUAAUUAUUAUUAAUUUUUAAAAAUCCAGUUUUCUCCAUAAAAUUAAAUAAUCCUAAAUAACUCCUUUUUCGAAGACCAAAAUAAAACUUGUACAGCUUGCAUAAAUUGACAUUUUAACACUUUUUAAAUAAAAUUAAUACUUUG